UGGAAGCGGCUCCUCUUUCGCGCACGUACCGCUUGCCGUAGGCGCGGUGGAGGACAGUGGAAGCGGCGGGAGAGCGUUAUUAGCAUAUCUCUCCUCAAAUGUAAUAACCGCUAACGUUAACGUUAGUUAAACAUUGAUUAAGUUAGCAGUGCGCAUUUAGUCGUAUCAUUAGGGCUUAAGUUUGGUAAAACCAAAGGUGUUUGGCAGAUAAGUAUAAUACUGGCGACCCUGUUACCGCUUCUGUCGUUGUAGCGUUGUUUUUUAAGCAUUCCCCGGGAAUCUGGUUUUGAACGUUUGUUUUUGGUUAGCUAGCCCGUUUAGCGCUGCACCAACAACAAUGGCGAAGGUACAGGUGUUAAAUGUGGCUGUCCUAGAUAACCCGAGUCCCUUCGGAAACCCUUUUCAGUUUGAAAUAACGUUUGAAUGUAUGGAGGACCUUCCCGAAGAUCUGGAAUGGAAGAUCAUCUAUGUUGGCUCAGCAGAAAGUGAAGAGUAUGACCAAGUCCUUGACUCCGUCUUGGUUGGCCCAGUACCUGCUGGGAGACAUAUGUUUGUGUUUCAGGCUGAUGCCCCAAACACUGGAUUGAUUCCUGAAAGUGAUGCUGUUGGUGUGACUGUAGUGCUGAUUACCUGCACAUACCGUGGCCAGGAGUUCAUUCGCAUUGGUUACUAUGUGAACAAUGAAUACACAGAACCCGAGCUUCGUGAAAAUCCACCGAUCAAGCCAGACUACACCCAGCUACAGAGAAAUAUUCUGGCAUCAAACCCACGUGUGACCAGAUUCCAUAUAAACUGGGAAGGCAGCGCAGAGCGAAUGGAGGACUGUGAAAAUGUGGAUCCCACGUCAAACUCCAAGCUCCCUCCAUCCUGUCUCCCAGGAAAGGCCCCACCCUUAGGGAUACUUCCAGAUAACUCUAUGGACUGCUUAUAGAGACCACUCGAGCAACAAAGGUGAUGGAGAAUGCCUGUGGACAUUAUAGUGGAUGUACAGACAUCUUUGCCUUACAGCUGCCCUUAUUUACCUGAAGAUUGUCAAAAAUGAACUCUCAUCUUGGGCUUCAGAUGACUGUUUGUUUCAAGGAAGAUUAUGAACAUCUCACUGGUAUAAUCAUUACUUACAGAUGGGGAUUUCCUUACCAUGAUGUUGAAAGCAAUAUUGAAGUAGUUUAACUCAUGGGAGGGGGGAAAGGUAACUGAAAUAAUGCAGCUGAACUGAAACAGCACAGAAAGAUGAUUCACCUUCCUUCCUUUUGUUGGUGCAGAACUAAUUUGUACCCAUUUAAGAGGAUUUCAGCACUGUAGCA